GUUUUGGUCAGUCAGCAGUUGGCUUUCGUCGUGUUUGGUUCGCCGAAGGAGCGCUUGGAGCUUUGAAUAAAUCAAACCAAAACAAACCAAAUCGCAUAAUUCAAAAAUAAAAGAAACGCACUCUGAAAUUUAAUAUAGAGUUUUGAAUAGUGUUGCUGCUGAGUAAAGAGCUUACCCCCUCGGAAAAUUCUCUUUGAAAGUGUGCCAAAUCGCGUUCACCGCUGGGUUAUUGAAACUCAAAACUGUGCUAAUAUAGUUUGUGAACUGCGUGAGCUACUUAGCAAAACAAAGAAAAAAACCGCCAAAAAUUCUGACAAGUGCCAAAACGUUGCAGCGAACCCAAUCCGCACAAGUGUUACAAGUGUGUUCAGUGCUAAAGAUACCAGCGAGUCGAGUUGCAUCUUAAGCUGCAACUUUGAUAUUGUCGCAUUUUGGCAGCGCCUGCUUCAGUUCAAUUGUCUGGUCUUCGGGCGAACAGCUCACUCCACGCAGGACAUCAAAAAAACUGCCAAAAUUCCGAAGAAUCCGAGGAAAACACCAAAAACAUCGACACGUACCGCAUCGGCAACCGGUGGCGGUGGGGGAGGUGCUGGCGGAGGCGCCACCACCAGCACGAAAAUGGCAUCUAAAAGAAAAGCCUCGGUGUUGCUGCACAAGGAAACCAUUCCGGCAACACCGGUCGUGAGCACCGACACAGCCAGCGUGGUUGGUGUGGGCGUUGGAGGCGUCGGUGGAGGAGGGGCGGCAGCUGGCGCAGGAGGCGGAGCAGGUGGCGCUGGCGGACUCCUGGGCGAUGUGGUCAGUGGACUGGGCGGCGGCCUCGUCAACGAGUCCGAGGCCUACGCCGGCCUGAUGAAGGACGCGGACAAGCUGAAGCUGAUGCUACUAGCCUGGAACUACCAGAACUCGACGGCGGUGCGAAAUGGAACCGAGGGUCCCGAUUUGAGUGUGGUGGGUGGUCUCUGGGCGCAGUACCAGAACGCUCUGGCCCAAAACGCGGCAGCUGCGGCGGCGGCCAGUGGCAAGAUGGACAGUUCGCUGUCGCCGGUGCCGCGACAGGAUGCCCACUCGCCCAUGGAGACGCAGGACGAGACUAACUCCUCCGGCCAGAAGGAGGAGGACGAGGUGUCCGAGGAUGACUCCGAUGACAAGCUGGACGAGAAACUGGCCACCACACACGAUCCCGAGCGGCUCAAAGCCUUCAAUAUGUUUGUGCGGCUGUUUGUUGAUGAGAAUCUCGAUCGCAUCAUUCCCAUCUCGAAGCAGCCCAAGGAGAAGAUUCAGGCCAUAAUCGACUCUUGCGCCCGGCAGUUUCCGGAGUUCAGCGACCGAUCCCGCAAACGCAUCCGCACCUAUCUGAAAUCGUGUCGGCGCAACAAGAAGACCCGCGAUGGAUGGGAGAAUACGACUCGGCCCACUCCCGCUCAUCUGACAUCCGUGCAGGCGGAGCAAAUCCUGGCCAUCGCCUGCGAGAACGAAUCUAUGAACGCCAAAAGAAUGCGCAUCGGCCUGGAGCCCAUCACGCACGCAGUUCCCGCUCCUGGAAGCGCGGUGGCCGCUGCAGCAGCCGCGGCUGCGGCCGCAGCGGUGGUGGCUGCCACAAGUUCCAGUGCCGGCGGCACCAGCACCACGGCCGCCGGCAAUGCCACUGCUACCUGCGGCAUGGGCGGUGUUGGGGAUGCUACCGGUCUGACCAGCGCAGCAGCCGCAGCUCUUCCGUUCGUCAGCGCCGUCGGCUUCGCCCGCUCCACGCCCAAUUCGGAGCACGCGGAUGUCCUGCCCUUCGGAGGGGCGGGCACUGCGGGUGGCAGCGGGGGCGGUGGAGCCGCCGGCGGAGGCGGGGGUGGUAUGAGCUCGGCGCGCAGCUCUCCCUUGGCCCUCAGCUCGAAUGCCAGCGUUAGUGGCGGCGCCAGCGUCACCGGAUUGACCCUCGCCAAUGGAGCAGGCGCCUCCAACGGAGCUGGUCUGCCGGCCAGCAGUCCGUACACCACUGACUUCAGCUCCCCCUCGACGGCCUCACCUUUUGUCGCAGCAGCUGCAGCCGUGGCCGCCGGCAGAGCCCCCAGCUAUCCCGGAUACUUCCCCGCAGUGGCUGGCCUGGGAAAUGUUACGCCCACCGAUCUCUCGAUGAAACCGACCAGCGGCCUUGGCGGCAACAUGGUCAGCAACAACAACAGCAACAGCUCCGUGACCGGCAACAUCAAUUCGCAGCUGAGCGCCGCCAAUCUGGCCAGCCUGAGCAAUGCGAGCAACAACAACGCAUUGGUGACCGCCACCCAGCAGUUGCAGCAGCUGCAGCAGCAACAGCAGCAGCAGCAACAGCAGCAGCAACAACAGCAGCAACAACAACUGCUGGUGGCCGGCGGCGGCGGGAUGGACGGCCAAUCCGUUCGAGCGCCGCCCAUCCUGCCGCACAAACUGAGCGCCAACGAGGUGACGGCCGCCCGGCAGGUGAUAUCCGCUUACCGCGAGAGUGCCGCCUUCCUGCUCCGCACCGCCGACCAGGUGGAGCAGCUGCUCGUCCAGCAGCAGUAGGUGUGGCCCGUGGUGGGGGCGGGGUUGUUCCUAUUUUAAAUUAAAUUUAAAAUGAAUUACACACACUGCAAACAAAAGAGACACACACACAAGCCAAACUAAGCGAAAAUAGUCAAACCAUAUAGCGCAAAACUAAGACGACUAACACUUUCUCACAGGAUGCAAGGCAGAACCAUAUGUAGCUAAAGAAGUUCGUUCAAACAAAACAUUUUAAGUGUUUUUUCCUCCAACUACGUACAGCAUAUUAAAAAUAGAACUUAACGAUAAACAAAAACCAAAAGAAAUAUUGCAAAUAUCACAACAGUAAAAUAGUAGAGCUGCUUGGUACUGAGCUCAAUUCGAUAUUUUAACCACAUUCAACUUCGGUUUCCAUAGACAUUAGAAGAUAUUCACUAUAGGGAUGGUUUCAAUACAUUCUCUUUCUUCCGAAUUUCUCUAUGAACUAAUUCCUUAAAUUUGACUAAGAUUAGAUGCAAUUCAGAUACCAAGGCGGCUCUAAUAAAAAUAAAGCCAAGCAGCAGUUCAACGUACUACAGUGUCUACUAAAAGUAAACCUACAAUAGCCAUACACAAACACUCGCAUUCAUUUUGUUCAACUUUUAUUAUCGCAUUUUUUUGGACUCUCAAUCCUUUGGAUAGCCGCAGAUUCUGGGCCGGUUUUUAAGAUGCGCGAUUUGUUAAAAAAUUUAAAUAUGAUAAAUAAGUUAAAGUAUUGUUGUAAAUUUUAAGAAAAUGGAAAAAGAAGAAAAAAACAAAAAAAAUCGUAAAACUAUGAGAAAACACAGGGUGAUACUUUGAGAAAUUAUUACAAUGCAUAAGCUAAAAAUUAAUUAAAGAAAAUGUAAAAAAAAUUUAUGGAAAUGAGGUAAGGCAUAGAUGUUGGUAAAUGUGUAUUUAAAGUUUAGAAAUUACAAUUACAAUUUGUAUACUGUUCAGGAUUAAUUGUUCUCGAUUACCAUCAUCUGAGUUUUUAUCUUAUUUCAUUUUUAUUAGGUGUAUAUAAUUUUAAAGUUUUUAUUCUGAGACAUUUAUGUUUAACUGUUGCUUUUUACUCACCUUCGAUUAUUGAAUAGAUACGGAAUAAAAUAUUUAAAUACAAAAUAGCAUUUCAUGUUUUUUGCAAAUAUAAAUGUGCAUGUUAAAAUAAGAAACACUUACACAAACUCAUAGAAACACAUGGAACAUUGGUAUGUAUGAGUGUGCAGAACGACAUGGAGAUCCGCUAUGCAAGGCAAAUUAUAGAAUUUAAUUAUAUAAAUUAAUUGCUAAAAUUAUUUAACCACAAAUAAUUAUGACUAAACCAACAUAGAUACUCCAAACGAACUUGAUGGCUUGCAGGAGAAAUAUUUAUACGGAAUACUUAAAUAUAAUGUAAUGUGUGGCAUUUGCAUUGAAGAGUAAACUAAUUAAACAAACACGAGGGCAACACAAAUGAAACAAGACAUUUUAAAAAUCGAAUUAAUAAAGAAUUUAUGAGAAUUAUAUGUACAUUACAAA